AUGGAACUAAUAUUCAAUUUAGAUUUCUAUGAAGUAUCAUCAUUAUUGAAUAAAACUACAACCAGUGAAUUUAAUUUUCUUUAUGAAAAAAUCUCAAUCCCAGACAUUGAUGAAGUUUUAAGGCAAUCCGAGGAUGAAGGAAUCCAAGUUUCCUACGAUGUGUCAAGACCUGAUUAUGAUUUAGAUGGUGAAGGAUAUGAAAUACCUGUAAAUUGGGAAAGAAAAUAUUUUGGAAUUCAUGAUCUAAUACCAAAAAUUAGGGAUGCCUUGCACUAA